AUGCAGCGUGCGCAGGUCCUGGUCUCCAUGGAUGCGCCGACUUCACGGCUGCAGCUGUUGCAGACCUUGCAUGAGCUGUUCCCAGGCGAUGUCAACGCCGUGUUCCGUGCCGACGCGGCAGCGGCUAUCGACAAGAUGUCCACGGACUGGUCUGCCGCUCUGCUGGGCAUGCCGGUCGGCGAUCGGAAGCUGGCCAUCAAGGCAGCUGUCCGGGAUCACGUCGAGUCGGAUGCUUGGCGGGACAUGAUGCAGCGGCUCAACAAGUGGUCUGAUGACAUGGUGAGCUGA